GACAGCAGGUGUAUCAGCACUAAGAUAUAUUCAAGUUGCAAAGUAAAACGAAGCGGCGAGAAAACUAAGACGAUAAAGUCUCAUAUCUGUAAGGGGAAGCGAGGAAAUUACGGAAAACCUUUCACUUUCAUUUCUAAAGAGAUGCUUGCUGCAGUGGGCGCUGAAGUUUAACGGCUGAAAAAGUAGACCUGAAACCCGGGAGAGGAUGCACUUUCUCUGAAAAGGUGAGAGACAAUAUGUUUGUGGAGGCUGUUAUCCAGUGGGGGGUGUGUAGCAUCCUGGUCCUGUGGGUGGUGGGAGCAUCUUUGGCUGAGCCCCUGUGGCUCUGCCCUCAGAGGUGCCAGUGCCGCCAAGAGAUAAUGGAGGUGAACUGCUCCAGGAGACAGCUGACAGCUGUACCCGAGGACCUCUCAGCUGACUCAAAGCACUUGGACUUGGCCCACAACUAUUUGAAAGUACUUAGCCGUAGGCAGUUCUCAGUCCUUGCACAACUGCAGGAGCUGGACCUGAGCAGUAAUAUCAUCUCCAUGAUCGAGGUCGAGGCCUUCCAGGGCCUGCAAAACCUGCGAACUCUCAGAAUCAAGAACAACCGGCUGAAGAUCAUUCCCGUGGGUAUCUUCUCUGGCCUGUCGAGCCUCCGUACUCUAGACAUCAGUGAGAAUGAGAUCCUGGUCUUUCUGGACUAUGCUUUUCGUGAGCUGGUAAAUCUGCAGCAGCUGGAGGUUGGGGAAAAUGACCUGGUGUUCAUUUCGCAUCGGGCUUUUUCAGGCCUCCAGAACCUGCAGGAGCUCAACCUGGACCGCUGCAACCUGACCUCCAUUCCCACAGAGGCGCUGUCGCAGCUCCAGGGCCUCACACGGAUGCGUCUCCGCAGGCUCAACAUCAGCGUGCUGCCCAACAACUCCUUUCGCCGGUUGCACCGCCUGCGUAACCUGACCAUUUCACACUGGCCCUCACUGGACACGCUGGCCAGCAAAAGCCUGAUUGGACUCAACCUCACCUCCCUGACCAUGAGCAGCUGCAACCUUAGUGCCGUCCCUUAUGCCUCUGUCCGCCACCUGGUCUUCCUCCGCUACCUUGACCUCUCCUACAACCCUAUCACGACAGUGCACAGAAAUCUUCUGGGUGACUUGUUUUACCUGGAGGAGUUCCACCUGGCAGGGGGAAGCCUGCUCACAAUCGAACCAGGGGCCUUCAAGGGACUAGCCCAUUUGCGGCUGCUCAACGUGUCAUCAAACCAGCUGGCCACGCUGGAGGAGGGAGCCCUCCACUCUGUGGGAAAUCUGGAAACCCUGCGGCUAGAUAGAAACCCUCUUGCCUGCGACUGCCGUCUGCUGUGGGUGGUGCGACGCCGCCUUCGGCUCAACUUUGACACUCGCCAGCCCUCCUGCUCAGCCUCUGACAUGGCUCAACCCCGUGAGUUCCGUGACUUCACCGAGGCCGAGCUGCAAAGUCUCUUCACCUGCCGGCAGCCUCGCAUCCUUGACCGCAAACCCCAGGAGGUCAGGGUGGAGGAGGGCAGCACAGCAUUCUUCCACUGUAUGGUGGAUGGCGACCCCUUGCCCUCCAUCACCUGGAUGACCUCUCAGCACACUGUCCUGUCAUCCACUGGCAGGGUCCGUGUUUUAGCCAACGGGACACUGGUAGUACGAUACACCCAAGUGCAUGACAGUGGCAUUUAUCUGUGUAUGGCAAGUAAUGCUGCUGGGAACGACAGUCUCUCUGUCAGUCUGCAAGUGUCAAGCCUCCCACUCAACCGCACAACCCCUUAUUCCUCUGUAGAGGUUUUGACAGCACCCUCCAGCGCCACUGCCACCAACACCUCAACCCAGGUUGCUGACACCUUCCCGUUUGAUGCCAAGACCCUGAUCAUUGCCAUGACAAUGGGCUUCCUUUCCUUCCUCAGCUCGGUAAUCAUCUGUUUUGUCUUCAUGUUCUUCUGGAGUCAGAGCAGGGGCCAGAUCAAGCACACUGCCAGCAUCAACUUUGUUCCCCGCGCCUCUAAGGGGGGCGGCAGUAGCGGUGGUGGAGACAAUGACGCAGGCAGGUUUACCAUGAAACUCAUCUAA